GGCCGAGAGCCGACUGGACGUCAAACGGCCUUCGCACGACGAAAACGACGGAAACGUCGUGGCUGGGAGCUUUCUCGCGUGCAAACACACUGUGUUGUCCAGUCCGAUAAAUCACAUCGUUAGGACAACGGCUGUUUCAACCCAUCGAAUUUCUCCUUUUGCUUGCAACGGAAAUAACCUAGUAGCAAGCCAAAGGGUCUUAUAGGGAAAGGACAACCGGCAUGGCUGUUUGUACGAUUCUUCAAAAUUAUUUGUGCGAGAUGUUGAACGACUCGAAAGUAAAAGAUAUUUUUCGUUAAAAUCAAGAUGCGUCGAAAGAUACCUCCAGAGCGUUACAACAACAUUAAGAAGAUUUCGUCGAAAUCGAAAAACAACGCGGCAGUAGAUGGAAAUUACGUUUUAUCAAGAAGGGCUCAAGCCGCAUUAUUAGCCGUUGUUGAGGGAAUUCUUGAUGAAUCAUUGGAAGACGCGAAAAACUUGGCUAUUAUGUCUGGUAAGAACUGCGUGACCUACGAGGAAAUGGAAAAGGCCUUGAAGAGGCUUUGCUUACGAUUGAACGAUCAUAUCGUUAUCGCUAAGAACAAAUAUGAUUUUUGUAUAACUGCACAUGAAUCAUCCGAUUAAUUGAUUCUCAACGAUACUCUUUUAUCAUUGAUCCAUCAUAUUGAUUCAUUUAUAUUGUAUUUGUUUUUCGAUUGAAAACAAUUAAAAAUGUUA